AUGGCCUCCUCUCUUUUCGCGCGCCUUCAAGGCUGGCCUCAAAGCAUCUCCACUCACCCUCUAAUUCAAAACCAUUCUACCGCCCUUGUUACCCUUGCUGCACUCUCCGGCCCUCUGCUUAGACUGAUUUACAUUUCCCACGCCGACUACCGCGCCUGGCUCCGCGUCGGACGGGGCGGCCUGCCAUACAAUGCGUUUGGAUGGCUCAUACAACUACUUCUGACGCCACUGAGAGGCCCUCGCCUGGACACGGGCUGCUACGAUAAUCCAAAGGCUGUAGCGAAAGCAGGCCCCCAAGCAUUGGUAUCCUAUCUGGAAGAGGAAGAUGUCCCAGAACGUCAAGGCCCACGACCAUCAAUAUGUCAUUGGCUCCUUCCUCAGCGGCAGCUGGACAGCCGCUCUUCUGAAGAAUCCAAGACGAGACGUGAGAGUUUCAUGCGCAGUCUUGCCGAAGCUGAUCCCACUAGACUCUCAGUCAACACCUCAGCUCUAGAGCGUGGGGGAUUAGCGCUUUUUGUUAACCUUGAUGUCGAGAAGCACCCAAGUGCUCGAUGGACUAAGAAUGAGAUUGCACACCUUCAUCCAGGGGAUGGCUCCAUGCAUGUGAGCCUCGCGCCGCUGGAUGCUAAGCUUGUGAUUGAGAGGGGGUGGGGCGAGCGAUUCGGACUCGGUGGGACGCUUCUCCCUGCGACCUAUAUCAUGGUUUAUGCGCCUAAGUCUGGCGAGAACGAAGAAGCAGAAACGGUGGUUAUAGAGAAGAUUAUCAAUGCUGGGAUGAAGUUCAUGCUUGGUGAGAGAAAAGAGUAG